CGGUGAGUUAAUACGUGUGUGCUUCUUAGGUGCGCAUGAUCCAAGUGAUUGUUGUUGAAUUCUUGGGAUAAGGUUUUCCGCUCUUUACUUGCGUUAAAGUCUCGCGCGCUGCUCGUUGACUAUUUGGCGCGUCGUGUGAGACGUGGCUCAGUGAGGGAGUUGACAUUCGCAUCCACCCACGCGUCCAAUUAACGACAACGGUCGGGUUUAUAGUGCCUGGUGUUCCGUGCGCUGCCUGCGAGAGGAAGUAAACCUGUGGGUUCGCUGAUCUAGAUCAACGUGUGAGAAGCUCAAGUGCAAUAUAGCGCCUUAUUGGCUACGGAGCGGCACGUACGGGGACCUCCCUCGGCGAGUGUGGAUUUUCAAAGCUCAUCUUUACCUGAACCUCUAGUGCGGAAAUGAUCGAAUUGGUUCCAGCAAUUAUUCACGAUUAUUAACGAGUUGUUGUAAGUGGUGCAAGUGAAGAUUGGUGCCGGUGUAUUAUUAUUCGGCAGUGGAACCUAACACCGGUUGUCCGUGAAAAUUGAGCAUAAAACAAGCCGGUGAUUGAUAGUAAUACUAUUUUGGAAACACGUGAAUGGAAAAGGAAAAGAGUGCUAUUCAUGGAUCAAUUAUGUGAUUUCAUGCGCUGAUGAUAAAUGGAAGCAGAUCGGUGGUCGAGUGAAUGUUUUCUAAAGUGGUGUGAGAAAAUAAGCGAAGGCCUCUCAAACUGAAGACAAGAAAGGAUUGCGAAGAUCAAUUGAUGAUUAUUGUUGCUCAGUGACAAGUGGUGGUCCAUAAUAGUAUAAGAGGGUUGUAUUGUGCGUGUUUUGCUGGGAAAGAAACAUUUUGAAAGGCUGCGUGGUUUUCGGAGGACGCAGCAGGGCGCAGACGAGGAUCGGCACAAUCAGGAGGUUUGAAUUUUAUGGAUACAAUAGGUGAUCAGAUCGUGCCAUCACCAAGCUUUUGGGUAAUGCAGUCACCAGAACUAGAAUUUCGGCAUGAGCUGAUGGGGCGCAUAAAUAAAUUGGAAAGUGAUGUCGAGCUGGACGUGGUACCGAUUAAUCAGCAUCAUCCAUCAUCCAGCUCCCCGUUGCCCCAGUCGGCACUGUCCGGCUACGGACCCCAAGGCUACGACUACGGAAAGGAGUUCUUUUUCGCAGGAAGCAAACACCGAGAUGCACUAUGCUCAGAUGGCGAUGAUUCGUUCUUGCGACCUCCUCUGUGGGAGGACAUCACCAGUUCGAUUCAGAACAUUGACCCCGAGAAUGCCAUCAUGCUGGGUACGUUGAACGGUAUACCGCAGGUCAAAACGGAAGCUGUCGAUGAUACGUUUCUGGAACCUCUUUCCUCACCACUGCUGAGCCCGCUGGAAAUCAAAACCGAGAAGAGCCAUUUAAUUCAAAAUAAUAAUAACAACAACAGCAACAACAACAACAACAACAGCAUACACCAAAAUCAGUUACUUAGCGAUAGUAGUUGUAAUAACAGUUCUAGUGUGAAUAGUGCAUUCCUAUCAAAUAGCGAAUCUAAUUACCUGCAUCACUCGCACCCCCACCCGGCAUCUCUUGCCACUAGUCAACAUAUCCAUGCUCAGCAGCACAACCUGAACGGAUACAUGGGAUGCACCAACGGAAGUGGAAGUAUUCAUGGGCUGGCCAAUGUUCACCCAAACGGUCAUCAAAACCAUCAGCAACACACUCAAGGCCAUCACAUACAAGUGAACCAAAACAAUAACUACUACCACUGGCCUUCUCACCAGCCAAACCAUGGAGCGUCACAAAUGUACCACCCAAAGUUCCAUCCACCUACCCAAAGUUCAACCAUCUGUACACCUAUUUCGAGGCUAAUGUACGUUCCACCACUAACUCCGCCGAACUCGGAUCCCGGAAGUCCAGGAACCACACUUCAGAAUCCCCCUCGACGAACACCUCCGCCACCAUACCACCCACAACAGAUCGCAUCCCUGUCGAUCCACUUGGGUCCCAAUGGUCAACAACCUACCCACCAGCAUCAUCAUCCCCACGGGAUACCACCCCAGCAAGUGUCUUCAGUGUCCAUUGUUCCUGCCGGAUCUCAACAGCACCCACCCUCCUCAUCGGCACUGGUAACGGUGAAUCCUAAUAAUCCAAUAGCAAUAGCUUCGAUAGCAAUUGGCAAUAGCAGUUCCGGCCCAGCCGGAAACUCCCAUAGUAGCAACAAUAGCAACAACAACACCAACAAUAACAGUAGUAGUGGUAAUAGUGGUAACAGUUCCGGUAACGGGCGUAAGCGAUCGCAGCACAGUAUCAAUAGUGUGCUCAGUAGUGUUGGUGUCGUGAAGCAUAUCGUAGGUCGGUAUAAUCGACGAAACAAUCCGGAGCUGGAAAAGCGGCGGAUACAUCACUGUGAUUUCAUGGGUUGCACAAAAGUCUACACCAAAAGCUCGCAUCUAAAAGCCCAUCAACGAAUCCAUACAGGCGAAAAGCCGUACACCUGCCAGUGGCCCGAGUGCGAGUGGCGUUUCGCGCGGUCCGAUGAACUGACGAGGCACUACCGUAAACACACCGGUGCCAAACCGUUCAAGUGCAUCGUCUGUGAGAGGAGCUUCGCCCGGAGUGACCACUUGGCGUUGCACAUGAAGCGACAUCUACCAAAAAAUAAGUAGGAUCACGCCACCACCAACCACUGCCGAUUAUGUGUGCGUGUUUGUGUGUGUGAGUGUGAGUGUGUGUAAAGGAAGAGCAGCGAGAGGCAUCACAGUAGCCAUAGAGCCGAAUUUCCCGUUUGGUGUCUGGAUUACUUAAGUCAACGUUCGUGAACACAUUUUCCCGCAAGCUAUCUAAAGUGGCGUAAAAUAUCUCUAGGUAAAUGAGCAGAAUAGGUGGAAUCUUUCGCUGCAACAAAGAGACGAAAGUAAUAUCAGAAGGAAUAGUGACAUAAAGAAAAUCAAACAACUGAAGUAGUGGAGUAGGUCCACGAUUACCGGAAAUUUCUCCCAAAUAAAUAUUGAAUCACCCAAUCAAUAACCUCUAUUGAUUGUUUCAGGCACACUCAAAGUUUAUGCUUGAUGUUGUAUUCAUUCAACCGGUUCUCAGGCACCUGUUUAUUUGGAUUGAUCAGCAUUAAUGGCGCCUACUAAGUUUGCUUACUUCCAUAAAAGAAAAUGCAAGCGCAAGGCAUUGGAUCGGAAACGGUACAUGCCAAGACUGACAAGCUUUAUUUUGCUGAAAAGCGUAACUCUACCAACAGCUAAUCGAUUUAAUUCCAGACCUGGAUUAUUAUUCGCUAAAUAAAGAAGAGAUGUAGCUUCAACCCAUCUAUCGGACGCCACACAGAGGAGUACCUAGAAAAAAAAACUGGCCAAACUAAGGAACAGCUUUUUUUUUGAGGUUUUCUAUGUAGCUUUAUAUGUGUAUACACUUAAUUAUGUACU